AUGUUGGCUGAUUCAGCGAGAAGAUCUCGAAUGUCGAUAACGUGUCAUACCGAAUGUCCCCCGCUUUGUCGGUUAAGUGAUUCUGUAAACAUGAGAUGGAUACUGUUCAUAUUACUUCCGCUGGUUGCUGCUGACAAAGAACGUGAAGUAGAUGGUGCGGCAGCACGUAUUCACAAGCAUUUAGGAGAAACUGAGGACGAUCAUGAAGGCGAUCAUCAAGCUGUACUUGGUUCGCGCAAAGCCGCCGAAGAAUUCGAUGAUAUGCCUAUUGAGGAAUCGAAAAGACGUCUAGAAAUUCUUGCCGUCAGGAUGGACACGAACGAAGACAGUUUUAUAGAUGAGAACGAGUUGACAAAUUGGGUGACACGAUCAAUGGUGUCGUUGGAUGAAGAGGAGGUCAAUGAACGAAUGACCGAAAUGGAUACAGACGGAGAUAAAUUGGUUUCAUGGGAUGAGUACGUGGCGGAUUCGUUUCCCGAGCAGGAUAUCAAGAAACUUGACCCCGAUGACAAGAAAUUGAUGGAUGAAGAUGCGUUAUAUUUCAAAGCUGCGGACCAGAACGCAGAUGGAAAGCUGAACAAAGAAGAACUAAGUGCUUUUCUAAAUCCAGAAAACUAUCAUCAUAUGCAUGCGACGCUGGUUGAGGUAACGAUGAAGGAGAAGGAUUUGAAUAAAGAUGGAGCGAUCGACCUGAAAGAAUUCCUUGGUGAAAUGGCUGACAGUUCGCAAAGCGAAUGGCAUAAGGUCGAAUCGGACAGAUUCAUGAAAGAGUACGAUACCGAUGGUGAUGGUGUUUUGCGUGGCGAAGAAGUGCGUCGUUGGUUGAUUCCGGAUGUGAAGACGGUUGCCAAACAGGAAGCUUCUCAUCUCAUCAGCGGUGCAGACAAGGACAAAGAUGGAAAACUAACGAUUUCGGAGAUUUUGGACGCUCAUCAGCUGUUUGUUGGAUCAGAAGCUACAGUGAUUGUUAAACCUUCACCACGCAUCCAUGCACAGAGGAACGGAUAUAAAUUGCAGCAGUUGAGCUAA